AUGCCGUCGAUUCUGAACAACGACGACAAUCCCGCCUUUGCGGUGCGAAGAGCCGUAGACACACCAACCUAUAAACCGCCAUACGAAUCAUCAUAUCGCAAAGUCGAAUAUGCUCCUACACAACCUUCAUGGGCAGCACAUCACACACAUCAACUGCCAACGACAUCGUAUCCAACACCUCCCAGUACCUACUAUACAUCCGACGCAGGCUCUUCGCCGUACUCGAGUAAUCAUCAUCAGCACCUUCAUCAUCACCAUCCACCACAACACGGUGCCCUCACUUAUCAGCACCAUCGCACACCCUCUAUACAAAGUAACAGUGACUUGUCUAGCCAAUCCAUAUCAUCCCCAUCAGGAGCCGCUUUCUACAACCCUCCCCCAACAACCGAGACGGCAAAACCGGCGAAGAAGAACAAAUAUCCAUGUCCUUAUGCGGCAUCUCAUGCUUGCACUGCUACCUUCACAACCUCUGGUCAUGCAGCGCGCCAUGGAAAGAAACAUACUGUUUGCAACAAAGCUUUUACUCGGAAGGACAAUAUGAAACAACAUUGUCGCACACACCGGGUAUCCGACAACGAAGCUGCCUCUCCCACGACAAGUGAGCUAUAA